AUGGAGCCAUCGGAGGCCCCUGGGCGAGAGCGCUGGGCCGGGUCUGAGGCGCGCAGGAGGCAGAAGCCACCCAACACGACAGCCCUGCAGGCGCUGGUCUCGCUGCUGCCGUCCCGGUGCAGCCGGUUCCUCUGGAGCCAGCCGGACCAGCACCGCUGCAGCAAGUUCUUCCUGGGCGCCAGCAUCGGGAUCCUCCUUGGCCUUGGGCUCUGCCAGGUCUUUGUCAUCCCCAUGAACAUCACAGAGACGCAUAAGGUGCAGCUCUCCUAUGGGCUGGCAGGAGUGACUGCCUUGGGCUGGGCCACGUCCCCCCACUUCCGCUGCGCCAGCCUGCUCGUGGUCCCCAAAUUCUUCGGCAAGGAGGGUCGGGUCUACGUCCUUUCCCUUGUCCUCGCUGCCAUCUACAACGGGCCCGUGGCCAACAUCUGGCACAACCUGGAGGAGGUGAUGCGCUCGCUGGGCUGCGUGGCAGAGCUGCAGGUCAACCACAGCCGCAUGCUGUGGCGCAUGUCCACGGCGCCCCUGCGCAAGGUGAUGGAGGACAUGGCGCUGAGCGGGCAGAUGCUGAACUCUGAGGUGCAGAACAUUUCACGUGCCUUUGUGGGGCUCAAUGAGGAGGUGGCCAGCGACGCUGGGUACGACCUGCAGCAGCCCCAGCACGGCAAGACCCAGCUGGCACCCAGCACCCAGCAGCUCUAUGAGACCAAGACCAAGAUGCGCUGCAAUGAUGUGGUCGAGCUGGGCAUGCAGCGCUGCCGGGACUGGUUUGACACCAAGUACGAUGCUUGCAUGGAGCAGAUAUUCGUGCCCCUCGUCAACCACUUCCUCUGCCUGCCCAUGAAGUUCAAGUUCCUCUGCCACAUUGUGAAGGUUAUGAAUAGCUGGUGCAGGGACAAGAUCCCCGUGGAGGGCAACUUUGGGCAAACAUACGACAUGGUGAACAACUCGGUCAGCAACCUCAGCCAGGAGUUCAGCGCCAGCGUGGUCUUCCAGGAGGAGCACCGCGAGAUGCUGUCGGUCACCACCAACGCAUGACCCCCCUCAGCCAUGGGCCCCCUCAGGCAAGAUCUCUCCUCAGCCCGUGCCCGCCUGGGCCAGGACCUGCUCUUCCGCCUGGUUCUUUCCUUCUCCUUCAUCCUCGUCUUCAUCACGGCUUUCUCCUACACCAAGCGGUAUUGUCAGGACAUCUCUUACGACAACCUCUACAUCACCACCUACUUCCGUCAGAUCGAUGCACGCCGCAGGAAGGAGGGCAAGCGGACGCUGCUGCCGCUGCUCCGUGCAGAGGCCUCGGCCUUCAUCUUCCCGUGCCGGCCCAUGGUGCAACCGCUGGAGAUGCAGAACAUGGUGCUGGAGCUGCUGGAGUGCAUCCCUACCCUGCUCUUCCUCCUGCUGGCCUGCGCCAUGGACCACGUGCUGGUCAGCAUGCUCAGCACCAUCCAGCAGCACUCCUUUGUGCAGUACUCCUUCCACAGCAGCCAUCACUUGUCCAUCCACGUUACGGGCACGUCCCUGAUGGCGCGGCUCCUGCGGAGUACCAUCGGCGCCCUCAACACCUCCUCUGACACCCUGCUGGAGACGUCCAACUUGGUGUGCCUGCCGCAGCCGCGCCGCAUGAGCCAGCACCAGUACCUGAGCAGCUGCCUGCCCCUGGCCGGGCUGGCGCUGCUCUGCCUGGCCCAGGUCUACACAUACCGCCUGCGCCGUGUCAUCGCCGCCUUCUACUUCCCCAAGCGGGAGAAGAGCCGCGUGCUCUAUCUCUACAACAAGCUGCUGCAGCAGCGCCUGGACUUCAUCCAGCGGCAGUGGAAGCGCAUUAUCCAGCAGGCACAGCAGCCCCCAGGACUGGUGAGUGGGGCUUCACUGUUCCCCCCAACCCCAGGGUUCUGCUCUGCCAUGGGGCCUGCAGCUCAGCCCCACACAUCUUCAUCCCUAGGGCACAGCAAUACUGCACUGGUGCUGCCGCCGCUGGCCCUGCCUGAGCCACUGGAUGCGCCGGAGCUGCAUGGUGUGUGGGAUGCAUGUGGGGCCCCCAGAGCCCGCCUGCCCCGCACCUGCCUGUGCAGCCCCGUACUGCCGGCAGUGCUGGCGCAAGGCAGGACGUGUCUGCCUGGCCUGCGCCCCCCCGGAGCCCAGCCCUGAUGCCGACAGCAGCGACGAGGGUGUGGGGUACACGGGCUGAAGGCAUGA